AUGAAGAUGAAAUUGUCCCGCAGCGUAGGGGAGAUAGAGAAAGGGAGAAAGGGCAUUUGCGAAAAUCAGUUUCGUCGUCGAUUUCGAAUGCACAAACCUUUAUUCUGUCGGAUUAUGAAUAAAGUGGUUGAGGGCGAUCCGUUCUUCCAGCAGCGUAGGAAUGCAGCUGGUAGGCUUGGCUUAUCACCUCUGCAGAAAUGCACCGCUGCAAUAAGAAUGUUAGCGUACGGUGUUGCUCCGGAUGCCGUAGAUGAAUACAUACGCAUGGGUCAAACAACAUCUAGAAAAUCAAUGCAACAUUUUACUCAAGGGGUGAUCAAGCAUUUUGAGGCCGAGUACUUAAGAAGUCCAACAGAUGAAGAUUUAAGGAGAAUCCUUCACCAAAAUGAAAUGCGUGGAUUCCCGGGCAUGAUCGGUAGCAUCGACUGCAUGCACUGGGAGUGGAAGAGCUGUCCUAUGGCUUGGAAAGCACAAUACGCAGGUCGUAGCAAGAACGCAACCCUUAUCCUCGAAGCUGUUGCGGAUCAAGAUUUAUGGAUUUGGCAUGCAUUUUUUGGAAUACCCGACUCUUGUAAUGAUCUUAACGUCCUAUACCGCUCUCCGGUGUUUGACCAUGUUUUGAAAGGAUGGGCACCACCAAUUAGUUAUAUGAAGGACAAGUUAUUUGCAGAUAAACAAGCUGCAGCUCGGAAAGACGUUGAACGUGCGUUUGGAGUUCUACAGGCUAGGUUUGCCAUAUUACGACAACCCUCACUUGCUUUCGACGAAGAUAUUUUGAGCGACAUAAUGAAAGCUUGUAUCAUUAUGCACAACAUGAUUGUCGAGGAUGAACGACGCAAUUACACUUGUGCCGAAGUUUUGAGAAGGUAUUAUGAAGAAGAUCGCCCUCAGAUUCAUAGAGCAAGGUCCGGUCCGAGUAUAAGUGCCACAGUGAAUAACAACGAGCCUUUCGAAUUUGACGUUGGCCGACCACCAAACGUUGAUUUUGACGGGUAUAUUCAAAGAAGAAUUACCCUGUGUGAUAGCCAAACCCAUUUUUCUUUGAAAGAUGAUUUAGUUGAGCAUAUUUGGCAAAAAUACGGUCGUACAAAUGAAUAA